UAAUGCUCUGUAAGAGUAUGGAACUUGGAAGCUAGCAUAAAGAAUGGUUCACAGUUGCACCAAGAUAUUAUCAGGGUUAUAUAUAGGAAUAGAGAAGUGGUAUAUGAUUUAUUAUCGAAGCUCAUCCAACAAUUCAAUAUUAUUGAUAACAAAAAUAAACAAAGCAGCAAGAAGAAAAAAUUAUCACCCAAGGGUUGCUUACAAGCUACAAGGAGCUCACUUAGCGAUGCUCCGAUGAGUUGGAACAAUUGCACUCCAAUUGGGGGGGGGGGGGGGGGGGGGGGGGGGGGGGGGGGGGGGGGGAAGGUCAUGAUAGCAUUGUUUAAAAACUCAAUAGGUGGCCAAAGGUCAAAAUAUUCCUAUUGGACAUCGAGCUGAGAAAGGAAGAGGCGACAGUGGAAUGCCCUUUCUACAAUCUAGAGGAAACCCAGAAUCAUAUAUUGAGGGAAUGUCAGUGGGCAAUUCACAUUUGGAGAUCGUCCAUGUUCAGACCACUAUUAGAGCUAGAACCUAACCUAUCAUCUAGCAGUUGGCUAUGUGCAGUAAUGGAUCGAACGGAGGAUGAAAUGCUAGAGAAACUAAGCAUCAUUUUGUGGUCGAUCUGGAAUGAACGAAAUAAUCAGAUGUUCAAUAAGGAAAAAGCGGAGGAAUGGGAAAUCAUUCGUCGUGCCCUAGACUAUUGGGAAGAGUUUAAAUCGCACCAUACUUUGGAGAAGGAGGAAAGAUCAGAGUGGAAGAAUACCUGGAAAAAACCUCAUGUAUCGAUAAUGAACCGGCCCAUACCAUGGCCCAUUUGGCAUGUAUCUGGGACCAAACAGAAUUCUUGACCAUAAGACCUCCUAUUGCUAUCCUUUCUUCUUUGGUGAAGGAUGACAUAAUUUAUGAAUAAAAUUAGAGAAAUUUUACAAUGCUAUAUAGUAUUGGUGCUAUAGGGUUUUGCCUCUAUGGUACAACUUAAAAUUGUACAUUUACGUUAUGAUACAACUUCAGAUUGUACCUAUACUUUUUGUACAAAUUCUUUUAUGGUACAACUUGAACUUGUACAUUUAUGUGAUGGUACAACUUCAAGUUGUAAAGUUGUACCAUAACAUAAUGAUACAAAUUGCUUUAUGGUACAACCUAAACUUAUACAUUUAAUGUUAUGGUACAACUUUAAGCUGUACUUUAAAGCACCAAUACUAUAUAGCAUAGUAGAAGUGCUCAUAAAAUUACAGGUUUCUAUAAAAAAAAAACUCAAUAGGUUUUUGCUUUACAUUAUCGAAGGGCCAAAUAGAAGUUACAUUAACCAGGUUGUAACAAAGGAGAAUAGGCAAAUGGAUCUUAUGACAUCAAUGUUUCAACCACAAAUUAAGGUUGCCACUAACACCAUUGAAAAUACAAUAUUGUGAAAAGAAAAAGAGAAUUCACGACUAUUUACUACAAACAAACGGGCUAAAAGGACACCAAAACGGACCAUAAAUGGAAUAACCACACCCGGCCAACUGGCCGGGCAAAGUGCUAGUUUGAAAUGGAGAAAAGUUCACAAAACUCUACCAUAUAUUAUUGGAGGACGCCACCAAUCACUCGACUCGUGGAAAGGGAAAGAGAAAGACCCUUUGCUCCCUUGAGGUCUGAGGGUAUAUAAAUUGUUUUCCUCGUAUCUUCUACUCUACGGUCUACCCCACCACCAUCAAGCACAAAACCCUUACCCAGCCAAAACCCCAUUUCCUUACACCGUUCCCUUUCCCGGGCUUUCUUGGACAAAAAUGGUGGCCGGCAACGGAAAGAAAUCCAAGCUCAAUGAAGAGCAGCAACACCCUCCUGCUGAUCAUAUUGAUGUGGAGCUUCAACUCUCACUUGAGAAGUUAAAAGACGUCCAGGAUGAGCUCGACAAGAUCCAUGAGGAAGAGAGUGACGAAGUCUUGGCAAUUGAACAGAAGUAUAACGAGGUCCGCAGACCCAUCUACCUCAAUAGGAAUGAGCUCAUAAAGUCUAUGCCUGACUUCUGGUUGACGGCUUUCAUGAGUCAUCCUGCUCUUGGUGAUCUCCUGACUGGUGACGAUGACCAUGAGAUCUUAAAGUAUGUGGAGUCCCUUGAUGUUGCUGAUUUCAAGGAUCUGAAAACUGGCUACUCCAUCACAUUUAAUUUCAAGGAGAACCCUUAUUUCCAUGACACAAAGCUAACAAAAACCUACAAUUUCUCGGAUGAUGGCACAACUAAGAUAACUGGUACAGACAUCAAGUGGAAGGAGGGCAGGGACCCUGCCAAAAACGGAGUUGAUGAUGAGAAAAAGAAGGGAAACAAGCGACCUUGGACUGAGACGAGCUUUUUCGGUUGGUUUGGUGAAACUGAGCAGGACAUCUCCGAACUUCAGGAUGAUGUGUCGGAGAUAAUCAAGGAGGAUCUGUGGCCGAAUCCCCUGAAGUACUUCAACAUGGACGCUGAUGAAGAGGAUUCUGAUGAAGAUGAGGAGGAAAGUGGUGAUGAUGGUGACGGGGAAGAUGAUGCAGGCGAAGAUGGCGUCAAGGAAGAGUAGUGGAGCUUUAAUCUCCCACCAGUUAGUUCAUUUAGUUGAGCAUUAGCUUUCUUUACCAGACUCUGGAGAAGCAUUAUGAGUUAGGAUUUAGGAAAUGCAGGAAGUUCAGUAGAGUAGUUGCCUAGUGAAGCUACAGCAGUUUGCGUAUAUUUGGAACCCUGUAUGCUGGAUCAUUACAA